CAACUCGCAUAAAGCAGCGUGCACACGAUAGUUUUAGUAAUUUCAAUUAUGUUGUCGUUCGUCCGAGUCAUGUUCUGAGACCGCUAGUAGGUCCAGCGUCGUUAUAAAACUGUGGGCGAAUAUUCGCAUGACGUUGUUCCUUUGUUGUUACCACAAUGACACUACCCAGAGCCUGUGUAUUGUUGUUGGUCUGUUUAAAUGUUCUCAACGAAGCCGUUGGAGGCUGCAUUCUAUCAUUAAAAAGGGAUUUUCCGAAGACCUCAGUGGUAUAUUUACGUCAUGGCCGUCUCCUGUCACCGGACGCUGUCACCGGUGACGUUCAGCUGAGACGUUCGGAAACACUUCAAGUAGCAUGUCCGGGAGAACAAAAAUACAUUGUACUUAGCAAUAAGACCACCAAUCACAGCUUACUUGACGUGAAAUGCGUUUCAGACAGCUUGUUCCGCGCGAGUAGACUGUCUUGGAUAGGCAACUUCAGCGAGAUCAGAUGUAACGCGCCGCCCUGGACCAGCGCUGACGAGGUCGGGGGAUGCGGAGCAGGAGCCAAGAAUUAUAGGAUCGGGUAUAAGGUGUCAGGUCAUCUCCACGGCCUGUACGAGGCGUGUUUCAACAAAGAUCUCCUCAGCACUCUCUAUGUGAAACAGGAGCUGGGUCCAGAGAGCGUCUACAUUCAGUCGGGGGGUAGACCCAACUUUGUGGAACAAGAUUUCUUCGGAAAAGUGAAGAUGUCAAAACUCUACCACCUCACCAACCAGAAGGCGAGAUUCAAGCAGGUCCUUGGCGAGGGGAAGGAGGAGGAAUAUCUGACUAAGAAACAGUAUCUCACCCGCGGACAUCUCUCCCCCCGGGCCGACCACUCCCUGCUCUGUUCUCAGCGCGCCUCUUUCCUGUACCUGAACACGGCUCCUCAAUGGAGACGGGGCAACGCCGGUGAUUGGGCCGCCUUGGAAGAGGCUCUGCGCCGCAGAGUCCACAGCUACGGCCGUCCGGUGACGGUGUACACUGGCACCUUCGGAGUAUCGACCCUGGGGGACACCUCCUCGAGACAGCAGCAGCUCUAUCUAAGCGUGGAUCAGAACAAUAACGGGAUCCUGCCCGUCCCGCUGUAUUAUUAUAAGGUUGUGUUCGACGCCGCCAACAACACGGCCGCGGCGUUCGUGUCGAUCAACUCGUCUUACUACAACCAAACCAUGAUCGAGAAGCUGACCUUCUGCGAGGACAUCUGCGGCAGCAGGAACUACUCCUGGCUGAGGUGGAGGUCCAGCGACGGCACGCACAGCUUCUGCUGCGAGUACCAUGACUUCGUCAAAACGGUUCAUGACCUACCCGGAUUGAAGGUCGAAGGCUUAUUUUAUUGAACUCGCGACUCGCGAAAUAUGAGAUUUAUUUCUGAUAGUUUUGAUAAUUUUUUUAUAAUAUUAUUUUGGUGAAAUCGUUGCAUUCCGCUGUCUGGUGAUUCAUGCUGAAAUUACUCACCAGAUUGUCAUAAAACUUUUACAGUAAUGUAGGUCGUGUAUUAGAUAAAAUAUAGAAGUAAGCCUAUAAUGUAUUCAGAGACAGCCCAUGAAAUGUCAAACAAAAAUUGUAUGAAAGAUUUAAUUAAUUUAAUAUUAUUUAUUUAAAAAAAUAUAUCUUUUUUAUUAUUUCUUCCAAAUAACGUAUAACAUAUUUGUGUGUGUGUGUGUGUGUAAAAUAUU